AUGAGGGCGGAAAUAGCGGCUUUACGGGCCGAGCUAGAGAAUGGGGUAGGGGGACCUUCGGUGCAGUCAGUAAAUGUGCAUACGGUCCAUUCAGUAGAUGGGGAAGCUAGUCGACGGGCAUCGGUUGAGGAAGUGGCAGGAGUAGAUGGUGUGGGAAUUGGAGGACGGGGUCGCGGAAGAGGAGUCGGUCGGGGGGAAGGGCCGAACGGGAGAGGGAGGGUGAGAGAUGUUCGAGGAAGGGGGAGGGGGAGAGAUGUUCGAGGAAGGGGGAGGGGGAGAGGGGGAGAGAAUGUUGGACGCGACCAGGGAAACCUAGAGGGGCAUAGGGAGUUUGUAGAGCAGAACCAACCACUCGAAGAUGCUCUGGAGGGCGAGGACCAGUUUGAUCAGGCUGAAGGGUUACAUCCAUUUACUGCUAAUGUUGUGGGGGCAGUAAUGCCGGAGAAUAAAGUCUUCCCAUGGGUUGAGAAGUAUGGGGGUGCGUCUGAUCUGGUGAAGCAUUUACGAUCGUUUGUGGAUGCCAUGGCAGUGUAUUCCUCUGAUGAAUUGGUCUGGUGCAGGGUGUUUUCCUUAUCCUUAAAGGAUGUGGCUUUUUAUUGGUUUCAUUCAUUGCCCCCUCGGAGUAUUGAUGGUUUUGUUACUUUGAGGCAUUUUUUUAGCCAACAGUAUGCGUCAAACCGUUCUCGGGGUUUGACAUACACGACCCUUGUCAGAAUGAAGCAAGGACGGGAUGAGUCGUUAAAGGGGUUCAUGGAGCGCUUUAACCAAACCGCUCGACAAGUGAGGAAUGUUGACCAACGGCUGAUAGUAACUGCACUCACGAAUGCGUUGAGGCCAGGACCUUUUGUGGAUUACCUAUACGAGGAGGAGUCCCAAUCGAUGGGUGAGUUAAAAUCAGGCGAUCAGGGCGAAGAAGGGGCGUUAAGGGAGAAAUUGGGGCGGGAUAGAAGAGGGGAGAAACAACCAGGCGAGGGGGACCAUAGAGCGGUAGUAAAGCGAGGAGCAAAAAUGCAGAGGGCUCAACAGUAUGUUCAUCACACCCCGUUAAGCGCCCCAAGGGUAAGGGUGUUGGAGGAGGCUUUGAGGACUAAUCUACUAUCGGUGGCACGGUCCCCCACUCCGCGAGGGGCUGAUGAGAGCAAGCUUUGCCGGUAUCAUCAAAACAUGGGGCAUUCCACCGAGGAUUGUGUCACGCUGAAAGAUAAGCUGGAGAGCUUGAUGCAGGCUGGGCACUUGAGAGAAUUUGUUCAGAGGGUGAAUUCUCGUCCUAGGAGGGGGCAGGGGGGUCAGGGAAGUCGUCAAUCGGCCGUGCGGAGAGAGCUGUUGACCGCCGAACGACCAAAGGGUGAGAGGAGUGGUGAAAGACCCUUGAGAGAGGUUAUUAAUACCAUUUCGGGAGGCUUCGCGGGGGGAGGACCGUCCUCAGCCGCUCGGAAGAGACAUUUAAGAAACCUGCACAAUGUCAAUGGGGUAAGAGUAGCGCGAAGGACUAUGCCAACAAUAAUGUUUUCAGAUGAGGACUUCCAUGCACCAGAUCCUAAUCAGGAUGACCCCAUGGUAAUAACAGCCAUUAUCGCUCGGUAUAGUGUGGGAAAAGUGCUGAUCGAUCAGGGAAGUUCAGCCAAUAUUCUAUACUAG